GACCAAAUUCUUUCAUCAUGGAACAAAUAGAAUAAAUUCUUUUCACAAUUAUUUCAAUCAAAUCAUUAGAUUAGAACAAAUUAUUCUUGUUAUAAUAAUCAUUAUUCUUAUAUCAUCAACAUCAUUAUGUUAUGGAUCUCAUUAUAUAAAAUAUCAUAUGAGCGAUUAUUGUGAUCAAACAAAAAUGAAUAUAAUUGAAAUGCAACCAUAUUCAAAUAUGACUGCCAUUAUGAUUAAAUUGAAACGUGAAUUAUAUAAACCAAAUAUGAAUUGUAGUAUUCAUUUAAUGGUACCACCAUCAUAUGGUUUAAUGGCAUUUGUAACCAAACUUAAAAUGCGUCGUUUUCAUCAAAAAGCCGAUUAUAUUGAAUUCAUUACAAAUGGCCAUUCAUUAAUACGUUUUCAUGGUAUUAAUCAGGAAAUGGUGCCAAAAAAAACAAUAUUGACCAGCAGUGAUAUGAUGACCAUUCGUUUUGUUAGUGAACCACAAUAUUAUACAUUGCCCGGUAAAGGUUUUAAAAUUGUUGUCAAUCUUUUUGCCCCCACAAAUCAAAAUGAUGAAUGCGAUGAAAGUAAUGGAUUGACAAUGAAUUGUCAGAAUAAAUUCUGUAUAGAUAGUUUAUUAGAAUGCGAUGGAAUCGAUAAUUGCCGUAAUGAUAUUGAUGAAUUACAAUGUGAUGAAACAUCUGAAACAAAACUUAGCCUUUAUGUAUUUUUAUUCACCUUGGUAAUCAUGUUCAUUUUAUUGAUAAUGUUUUUAACAAAAAGUAAAGAUCGACGUAAAGAAAUUGUUCGCCGUAUGUCCGAAGCAUAUGCCAAUAAUCAUCCAAUAUUGUAUGCAAUGGAAAAAAAUGGUACAGAAAGUCCAACAAAUUCCAAUUCCAGUGUAGAUUCAUCGCAACCAAAUCUAAAUAAUAUGAUUAUAGCUACGGAUUCGAUGAUCAUACAGGAACCGAUUCGUUCAUUGAAAAGUCAAUUAUCGCUGAGUCUACCGCAUGGAAUUGAACGUCUUCAUAAUAAUAUUAAUAAUAGCUAUGUAGUUUGAUUAAUGACAUAAUUCAUUCAUUCAGUCUUCCUUAAGUGUGUGUGUGUUUUUUGUUGUUCAUUAAAUUAUUUUUAUUUUU